ACUCAGCGAACACACAGCUGCAAGAGAUGGAGCCCCAGAUAUGUCCUAGGACCCGCAGAGGGUACCGUCCACGAAAGCUCCAGCAGGGCCCCAUCACUUUACUGGCCUCGCUGAUCUUUAGUGCCUGUCAUGCAGCCAGGUCCGUAACAAGUAAAGGCUGUUUCCAAGCCACCUCGGGAUGGGUUAUUGUGAACAUCUGACGGGUUUGGGGAGGCACAAAACUUGGCAGGUGGUCCUCACGGCACUUCCUGUUCCCCAGCUGGGCGCUUCCCUGGGCUCUGGCCAGAUGGAGGUUUUCCUGGUGUCUGUGAAGCUACUUCUCCUUUUCUCUCUGACUUGGACUUGCUCUGGAGACCAUCCAGUCUAUGUACGAUGCAGCCCCACUUGGUUCCUCGUCAGAGUCAAGCAAAACGCAUUUGACAAUAACAUCCCGAUGGCCCCUGGAGAAGUAUAUCUAGGACAUACCUGUCCUGUCACCUCAGUGCAUCUGCAAUUCUAUGAGUUUCUCUACCAUACCGAUGAGUGUGACAUCAGGACUCAGGUUCUUCCAGGGGAUCUGCUCCUUUUUGAAACCGAAAUCUUCUUUCUAUCAAUGUUGUCAGACAUUUAUGCUACAAUACCUGUGGGCUGUAUUGUGCCCCGCCAUCCAGUUGCUAUAAAAAACAAAGGACAUAAUGCUCAUGAACGGGGUGUCUCCUCAGAAAGAUCUGGAAGACCAAAUUUACACAUUGCGCCUGAGACAAUCAACUGCAAACUUGAGAGCAAAAUCCCUGCUUUCAAACCUGCUCCACUCCUCUUUCUCCACCUGAGUUUUCAGAAGCAGAAUUAAUGCCCAGAAGUUGUGGCUGCAGCCACUGGACGUGUUAGAAGCUGGCAUGUGCCUAACAAUCCUGCUUAUCUUACAUUUUUUUAAUGCUUUAAAUGACUUGAUUUUAAAUGAAAUGGCUGU